AAGGGUAGUCAUUAUUAUAAUAUAUCUAUACUACAGUAAACUAGUUAGUAGUAAAUAUUAAAGUGUAAGCUAUGCUGCAUCUGAGGGCACCGCACAUCACAGUAUGAUGAGAUGAGUGAAUGUGACAUUGGAGAUAUUACUAUAGGUACUGUACAGGGACGCGCGUCACGGAUCCUCCCCCUCCAUACCAUAAUAACCCAUCAUGGCGACCCAAACACGAGCCAUACGCGACCGUACGCACCGAUUCACGAGAUCCGAACUGACUGCGUCGUUCUGGAUAAAGAUCGAGACGUUGCUCGUGAACCAUCAACAACCUGGACCCGUCUGAUUUGUGCCACAUUGAUGUUUUGCGCGCUUGCCAAACGCCGCAACCUUCGGGAAACCAAACACACGCACACCGAUCACCGAACCGACUCUCGCGUCAUCUAUACCGUUCUCGGCGCGCUUCCUCGUUUUAAAGCAAUUACGGGGCGGGACGGGGAAUGGUGAGAUAGGGGCUGAUCUCCGGUUUCCGUAAUCCUGCGCCGGUGGAAUUUCAAUCCGCUCCCUCUGCGGGCGGCAAGGAGGCGGACCCGUUCAGUGAAGAUUGUUUACUGGAAGUGUGUCAUUGUUUCGCGGAAUGUUUAGAAUGUUAAAGUGUUACACCAUCCGAAUGAACGUUGUUGUUUGGAACGUAUUAAUGUAACGUUGUUGCACCGCAGAAGUGCGCGCGGGGCAGCCCACCGGGAUCCGUCGUGAAUGUUCCACAAAUGAGACAUAGGAGGAGUCGGUGCACGUUUGGCUCCAGAUAAAGAGAUGUGAAGCGAGCUUUGGGCAGGACAGGACGUUUGCUGGAAGUCGUGUCGCUUAUGAAGAGCGAUCUCUCACAACACGAUUUGCGUUUUAUCGAUCGGAUUAUGACUGAUCAUCCGCGCAAAGCUCCGUCCACGCGCGUCGAGAGAUUGUUUUGUGUUCGGCUUUUACUUUCGCAUCUCUGAUCAACUCUACUACACAUUUUUUUCGGUUUUCAUCUAUACUCACGCAUGUGAUCAAAUAGUUUCUUAACAAAUACACUCGCAUCCGCUUCAUCAAGGAUGCACCCGGAAAGCCAUGAUAACAGUCCAGAAGGAGGCAGUGGGACCCCCGGUCCGGAGGUAUCGACCCCUGAACCCCAGACCGGACACGACGAACAGCCCGCUUCGUCUGCAAUGGAGCAAAACCCAGAGAACAAAGAGGAAUGCGAGGAAUCGGAGCAGAAUAUUGUCCCGGAGGACAGCACGGUUCAGCUGAUACAGACGCCGCCCGGCGCACACCCGGGACGCGGUUUCGUGCCGCCCGAGGGAGGAUUCGGCUGGGUGGUGGUGUUCGCCGCUACUUGGUGCAACGGCUCGAUAUUCGGCAUACAGAACUCGUUUGGUAUUCUGCACACGAUGCUGGUGAAAGACCACGAGGAUCUCGCGGACCACACGUCACAGUUUAAAGUGGCAUGGGUCGGAGCUCUGGCGAUGGGGAUGAUAUUUUUCUGCUCUCCUGUGGUCAGUAUGUUUACUGAUCAUUUCGGCUGCCGGAAGACGGCGGUCUGCGGAGCGUUCGUGGCUUUUAUUGGUCUGCUUACCAGCUCCUUUGCAACCACGCUGGCUCUUCGCUACUUCACAUAUGGAAUACUGUUCGGCUGCGGAUCCUCGUUCGCUUUUCAGCCGUCUCUGGUGAUACUGGGGCAUUAUUUCCGGAAAAGGCUGGGCCUGGCCAAUGGCGUCGUGACGGCGGGCAGCAGCCUCUUCUCGAUGGGGCUUCCAGUGCUCCUGAAGGAAGUGGUGGGACCGCUGGGUCUCUCCAGAACCUUCCAGACCCUCAGCCUCUUCAUGCUGGUCCAGACGCUGCUGGCCCUCACCUUCCGUCCGCUCAUGCCCAGCGGGAUGUGUCCGAUGCCAGGCAUGGGGAUGGAGGGAGGUCCCGCGCCCGGCUCGGAGUCGGCGAGCAGGUGGCAAAAGGGCCUGGCGAAAAUGAGGAAGUACUUUAACGUCCGAGUGUUCAGCGUGCUGGCCUAUCGGCUGUGGGCGUUCGGCGUCGCCACGGCCGUGCUGGGAUACUUUGUGCCGUACGUACACCUGAUUAAUUUUGUGCGGGAGAAGUUUGGAGACACUCAGAAGGAGUGGAUUCUGCUGGUGUGUAUUGGAGCUUCAUCUGGGGUCGGCCGACUGCUUUUUGGGAAAAUUGGAGACCUCAUACCCGGAGCAAAGAAAAUCUACAUGCAGGUGGCGUCGUUCAUAAUUCUGGGCGUGAUGUCCAUGAUGAUUCCUCAGUGUGCGGUGUUUGAAGGUCUGGUUGUGGUUCUUGUGUUGAUGGGACUUUGCGAUGGCUGUUUCAUCACUAUCAUGGCCCCCAUCGCCUUCGAGUUGGUCGGGCCCAUGCAGGCGUCUCAAGCCAUCGGCUACCUCCUGGGUCUCAUGGCCUUACCCAUGACGGCCGGACCACCCAUUGCAGGCAUCCUCCGCGAUCAUUUUGGGACCUAUCACGUGGCGUUUUAUCUGGCCGGCGUUCCUCCGGUGGUCGGGGGCAUCGUGAUGUUUUUCGUGCCUCUGGUUCACCAGCGCUCGCAGAGACGCCGUGAAGAGACGAAUGACCCGAGCAUGGACAAGAUGCUGAAGAGCUGCUCUAAUGGAGACAUGCUGCCGGGAUACACAGACAUGGAGACACACAUAUGAACAGCACAGACACAAAGGGAUUCAUCUUACCAGCACCUGUGGUGUUUAUGUGUGCGUACGCAUGUGUUUGCUUGGCUCUAAUCGAACCCAAGGUCUCAAGACCUUCCCUGAGAAAGACCAUCAGAGAACUCAAAGAUCCUCCACACUGCCGUUCCUCUCCGUCCGCUCGCCUUUUGGACAUCUUACAAUCUCAUAAAGUAGGAAGACGAUGUUAUCUUGUGUAGCGCAAGAGCGAGAGCUGCCAUAAAUUCUGGACAGAGAAUACUUCAACGCCUUUAAAAAGGAAACAAAACCUUCGAUAUUUUGCGGCGAGAGAAGAGGACGCUCGAUGGAUCUUUCUUUCCAUUUAUUUUGUGCUAGAUAUGCAAAUCAGAUUCGUAUGCUUUAGAUGUUUUCAUACGAUUCUUCCCUCCAUAGCUUGAAUUUGAUUUCACGCAAACUUUUGUAAGACAAAAGCGUCUUUCUCUGUGCGCUUUCUGCUCUCGACUUCGAUAACCUCAGCCACGUUUUUCUUAUCGUAACGUGUCGCAGCUGCGUAUGGCUUAUGUCGAAAUGAGAAGGAAAUGAGGAAUCAUUUCUUAUGUUUUUUUAAAAUGCUGAUCUUAUAUCCGUAUCUGUUUUAAAAAUUAGCUAUGCAGCAAGCAGUUCACAAACCGUGCCAUGACCGAGACUUCAGAUUCAUCUGGGUCUUAUUUCACCCACAAAAACAAAGAAAAGUAGAUUCUCAUAAAUGAAAUGGGCCAUUAAAAUAAGUUUUGCUUUGUGACUUUUUAUGACAAUUUAACACAUUACUGUAAAACAUCUAUUUCUCAUUACACUAACACAGUAAUAAAUCAUUUAAAAAAUAUUUUUUAACUUUGAAUUAGCAUAAAACUAACAAAUAAAUAUAGUACAAAAACACCUUAAUAUUCAUAGGGGCGAUUUCCCGGACAAGGAUUAGGUUAAGCCAGCACUAGGCCUUAUUUAAAUAAGGACAUUUAAGCAGUUUUUACAAUCCUGCCUUACAAAAACCAUUACUGAUGUGCAUUUUGAGACAAAACAAUGACGCUGAUGUAUUUUAAGAUAUGUCAGAGCAAGCUGUUUUCAGUUUAGCACAUUUAUUUUAGUCUUGGACGAGCCUAAACCCUGUACGGGAAACAGCCCCAUUAUGUUUACCAUACAUUUGACAUUUUUUUAUUGUUUCCUAUAAUUGUCUUGAAAAUGUCACAAUGCAAGUGUGUACUUAUUCAAUUUAUGAUUUCUUUUUGCUGAGAAUUUUAAAGGAGAGAUUUGACCUGAACAUUUACCCGCAGAGCUAAGGGUAUAUUUUUUCAUCUAUAUACUGUAAGUGUGUAUUUUUUCCUCAAUUCUUUUUAUUUGGUUAUGUUUGUUUGUUGCAUCUUAGAAAAAGUUUGUUUCACGUUUGUUUAUGAUGUAAAACACUUGGCAUUUGGAUUUGAGCUGAAUGGACUCUUGAAAAGACAAUCAAAGUGUGAUGAAACUAUGAAACAUGACUGUAUAAUAAUGUUCUGGUUUAUAGAAACAAUAUUGUAGUAUUGCACAGAGUGGGUUGAGAUGAUGAUUAUUAAUCAGUUACUGUGUGAGAAAAGCAUCUUUUUUUUAUCAUUUAGAUUUUGUGUUUUUGUAUUUGUCAUUAACAACACAAUGUCCAGCGUGACACCGGUCAGUAGCUUUUCUGUGAGACUUAACAAAUGCUUUACAAACUAUUGAACUGCCGACAUAGACAGCAUUUGAAGGCAUUGUUCUGCUUUACAAAUCUUGCUUUUUAGUUUUUUGCAGUAUUGCAUCUUUAGCUUAGCAACUCAAACCAAUUGGAAUCUGUUACACAAGUUUAUUUUUUGUGCCGUGUUCUCAGAUGAUGACAGUGGACGUGAGAAUCUGCGAGAACAGAACUGUAGUCUCUUUUGCACGGAUGCUGCGCUUUCAUCUGCUUGUUUGUCAAUUCCCAGAAACCCUUUCACCUCCCGUCGUUGUCUGUGUUGUCAUGGAGACGUGUCCAUUAGAGCUGGUUCUGGUACAUUCUCUGCCUCAGAACUCAUUAGAUGCUCUUAGGUCAGCUGUGUUUAUAAAACAAAACAACAGAGAUGGUCACGAUUUUAACCAAACUGCCUCAAUCUACAUUGUCCUUCAGGUCUAACCAGGAAUUUACGCUGAAAUAACAGAGGGAAUCUCAUGGAAACUUGUCACUUUUUUGCAUUGAGCAUUACUCCAAAAACGGUCAUUUGUAACAAAUACCCUACAUAACAAUGUAUAAAUGCAUCAUUAUUAUUUUGCGUGAGGGUAAUGAGAAUAGGGUGAGAUUUGUUAGUGCUAAUUUAAUUUCUUUGGAUAUUUGUGUGAAACGUGACCUGCUUUCAUGAGAUUCUUCCAACUAGACCAUAAGGGCACCUCUUCACAUGACAGUACUGAGUAAACAUGACUCAUCAUGCGUGUUUGAGUUUUUGUUACAGAUAACAUGAUUAAAUGAUUGUCUUUAUUGGAAAAAGACGAAAUCAUGCAUACCUCAGAAGUCUACAGUACUUUAUGGUGUCACUCUGAUACCCUUUCAACUCUGGUGCACUUAGUUCAGUUGCCUGAAAUGAUUCAUCUUUUCUGAAUUGUAUGUGCUGAUUCAUUGUGUGUGAUUCAUUGAGUGUGAUUCGUUGAGUGUGAUUCGUUGAGUGUGAUUUGUAUGUGCUGAUUCAUUGUGUGUGAUUCAUUGAGUGUGAUUCGUUGAGUGUGAUUCGUUGAGUGUGAUUUGUAUGUGCUGAUUCAUUGAGUGCGAUUCGUUGAGUGUGAGUUGUAUGUGCUGAUUCAUUGAGUGUGAUUCACUGAGUGUGAUUCAUUGAGUGUGAUUUGUAUGUGCUGAUUCAUUGAGUGUGAUUUGUAUGUGCUGAUUCACUGAGUGUGAUUCAUUGAGUGUGAUUCGUUGAGUGUGAUUUAUAUGUGCUGAUCCAUUGAGUGUGAUUUGUAUGUGCUGAUUCAUUGAGUGCGAUUCGUUGAGUGUGAGUUGUAUGUGCUGAUUCAUUGAGUGUGAUUCACUGAGUGUGAUUCAUUGAGUGUGAUUUGUAUGUGCUGAUUCAUUGAGUGUGAUUCAUUGAGUGUGAUUUAUAUGUGCUGAUUCAUUGAGUGUGAUUUGUAUGUGCUGAUUCAUUGAGUGUGAUUUAUUGAGUGUGAUUCGUUGAGUGUGAUUUGUAUGUGCUGAUUCAUUGAGUGUGAUUCAUUGAGUGUGAUUCAUUGAGUGUGAUUCAUUGAGUGUGAUUUAUAUGUGCUGAUUCAUUGAGUGUGAUUCACUGAGUGUGAUUCGUUGAGUGUGAUUUGUAUGUGCUGAUUCACUGAGUGUGAUUCACUGAGUGUGAUUCACUGAGUGUGAUUUGUAUGUGCUGAUUCACUGAGUGUGAUUCAUUGAGUGUGAUUUGUAUGUGCUGAUUCAUUGAGUGUGAUUCAUUGAGUGUGAUUCAUUGAGUGUGAUUCAUUGAGUGUGAUUUAUAUGUGCUGAUUCAUUGAGUGUGAUUCACUGAGUGUGAUUCGUUGAGUGUGAUUUGUAUGUGCUGAUUCAUUGAGUGUGAUUCAUUGAGUGUGAUUCAUUGAGUGUGAUUUAUAUGUGCUGAUUCAUUGAGUGUGAUUCAUUGAGUGUGAUUUGUUGAGUGUGAUUUGUAUGUGCUGAUUCAUUGAGUGUGAUUCAUUGAGUGUGAUUCAUUGAGUGUGAUUCAUUGAGUGUGAUUUAUAUGUGCUGAUUCAUUGAGUGUGAUUCACUGAGUGUGAUUCGUUGAGUGUGAUUUGUAUGUGCUGAUUCAUUGAGUGUGAUUCACUGAGUGUGAUUCACUGAGUGUGAUUCGUUGAGUGUGAUUUGUAUGUGCUGAUUCAUUGAGUGUGAUUCACUGAGUGUGAUUUGUAUGUGCUGAUUCAUUUGAGUGCGAGUCAUGUUGAGUCAGAGUCAGGCCCUAAACACAGAUUGUGUGCUGUUUAGUCUAAUCUUUGGGUCGUUCGAAUAAUGAUCCAUCUUUCAAGAUUUCCUCUGUGCCAUUUUUGACCGACUUUUCUUUUAUAUGUGUGAAAGGCAGACAGAAUGAAGGGCAAAUUGUGUGUUUUCGCCACCGUAGACUUUCAGAAACUCAGGGAGUGCAGACGUUUUUCUUUUGUCAUCAUUGACCUGUUUUACAUCAUGCUGGUUUCAUAGAUAUAGAAGAUAGUUACAAACACAUAUUUGUACAGAUAAUGGCAUUUGAGCCUGACAUUUUGACAGUGAGUUGAAAAUCCCAUUUUGUAAGUUCUUGAAUCCUGAAAACAUUUCAAGAUCACAUUUCACCCCAAAGCACAAGAGUAAGAAUUUACAUUUACCAAAAAUAAACAAAAAGACCAACUCUUGUUACUGUGAUGCAUCCAGAUGGGGUGAAAUGUGUUCUUGAUAGGUUUCGAGAGAGUCACCCGCUCAGUUUUUUCAGGUGCUCUUGUUGUCAUGGAUACAGAGUACUGGUGUAAAUGGCUCGUGCCAUGUAAGUCUUCCAUUCCAUUUCCCCCCAGUUUCAGCCAAAAUUGCAUGUGUGGUGUGUGGUAAAUGACUCUUCUGCUCGCUCAGGUUUCGGUUUGAUCCUUUACUCUGUGUGUGAACAUUAAAUGUAAUGAUGUCACCUGGUCAGCCUUUAGCCACACCCACUGUUUCCCUUUUGAUGCAGUGUUUCUUCAAGGCCAGAUUAUUGUUAGACUUUAUUUUAGUUAAUGCAAAGUAUCCUAUAAGAGUGCAGUAACCUUUAUUUUUCGACGGACGUUCACACACACAGAUAUAUUUAGCUUGGCUUUGACUUUCAGAUCAAUAUCUCAGACUGAUCUCAGCUCUUUCUGAUGUGCCUGCACACAAAACACUUGUAAAUAGAGCAAAGUACAUUCACACGAAGCUUCUCGAUUAUACAGUUUACAGUCUUCAACACAACAGAAAGUGUACUUACAUGGAAGUACAUUAUGCAUAAUCAAAGAUAAAGCAGAAUUAACCUCCAGGGGAUGGGGAUGAAGUGAACCUUUACUUUGGAGCGUCUGUCUCACCUGGUGCUCGUGUUACUAUGGCGAUACUUCACAUAUGCUAUAAAGCCUGUGUGUAGUUUAUAUACAGGCCACGGGGCUUCGAAAACCUCCAGAAGCGGUCAGUAAAAUACAGCAGGCUGAAUGAAAGGGUCUGUGUUUCUAGAUUUCUCUUUAUCUUGAUUUCUCUUUACACAACUGUAGCACUUGUUUUCUAAACCUCAAUCAUCAUGAAAUAUUAGCUGUUCAAAAGGAUUGUUGAGGCUAAGCUGCUAGAAAUGUGUAAUCCUGUGUUUGUGUAAAAAGUAUUUUUUGAUCCUGUUAAAUUUUUGUUUUGUUUUGUAUUCAACCACCAAUAAACAUACUAUACACCAAA